AUGCGCUCCGCUACUGUCCUCGGGUUUGUCGCUUCUGCCGCGGCUGCUGCUCUGGCCACCCCUUCCGGACUGCCCCAGCCCCUUGGCGAACUUGGCUGGGAAGGUGUCAUUACUCCUGGUGGUCCGAAGGUCGAGGUCUGGGGCUCCAGCUUUGAGGAUAUCCAAGCCAAGAUCCAAGUAGAGCACCCUAAGUUCUCGAUUUACACACAUGAAGAGCAGGCCGCCCCCGAGACCUCCGCGGAUCCUGCCGUCGUUGCUCGCAGCAAGCUCGAGCGUCGUUGGGGACGACGCGUUUGCGACAACCGAUUCGGAGUUGUUAUGCCCUACUUUGCUGAGCAGGCUGCUAACAACUUGAGGAGAAUCAAUGGAAACUCGUGUAAGGCGAGGGCCCGUACUUGCAUCCGUACACAGUGUGUCGGCGGUGCAGCUAUUGGUAUCUGCAACGACAACCAUCACCAAAUCGAUGUUCCUUGCACUGGUGUUGCCGACAUGGCCCGACACAUCUACCAGAACUGCUGGGAGCUGGAUACCGAUUGCAAAGCUGGCAGAGGCUGCGAAGGCUCGAACCACGUUACCUUUGGUCAGCUUUUCUCCGACCACCACACUUGGAAUGUGAUCGUUGGCCAGUGCGGAUACUUCGGUAACGGAGAGCGCCCCGUCAAGGCUUAG